AUGGACAACUCCAACAUCUACAGGCGACGAGGCUUUCAGUCGGGCAACAUCCUGGGCGAUCCGUUUGCGCUCGCCACCACGUCCAUUGCAUUUCUUGCGUGGCUCAUCACCAUUGUCGGUUGUGUUAUCGGCCAGAUCCAGGAAACGACCGACGACCCAUUCCCCAAGUUCGCUUGGUGGGCAAGCAUAUACAGCUUCUUCCUCAUCAUCGGCAUCUUCUACGUCGUCGGCAGCGACACGAUCCAGACCUACCAUGUGGCGAUUACGGGCUAUACUGCCGGAGGCAUGGUGCUGGUGACGUCGUCGGUCAAUUCGCUGGUGUACUCAAAGAGCGGCGCCAGAGAGGCCGCGGCUGCGGGCUUCAUCCUUCUCUCCAUGGUUGUGAUUGUGUGGACUCUGUAUUUUGGUUCGACGCCUUCCGCUACGCCCCGCGCUUUCCUGGAUUCCUUUGCUUUGACCAAGGAGUCUACUGCCAACAUGGGGCGACAGACCAUGAGCAACUUUGGAGGCAUGGGACGCCCCGAAACGUCCAACUCGGUCCAGCCGCCGCAAAUGUAUACCUCUGCGCAGCUCAAUGGCUUCGAAAAUCCUUCGCCUGUUGGCGGCGCCUCCCAGGUCGGUGGCGGACGCGGUUCCAACGUGCCCGGCUUUGGAGGUGCUGGGCCAGCGCAGAUCAAGGUGACCGGCCCCGACGCCGAGGUAGUGCCACCCACCGAAUACCCUUACCGAGCAAAGGCGAUCUACAGCUACGAAGCCAAUCCCGACGACGCGAACGAAAUCUCCUUUGCGAAGCACGAAAUUCUGGAAGUAUCCGAUGUCAGCGGACGAUGGUGGCAAGCGCGGAAAGAGACUGGAGAGACGGGUAUCGCGCCCAGCAAUUAUCUCAUUCUGUUAUGA